AUGGCCACCCCGUCUCCUUUACUGCAGCAGCAGCAGCAGCACCAUCAGCUUUCCUCGGAAUCGCCCAGAACAGACCGGACUCGAAGUACAUCUGGGUUCACUCCCCCUCGGGUCGAACUUACGCAACGCGUGACAAGACACGUCUACGUCGGGAGUAUGGAAGCGCCAUCUGCUGCUUUUGGGAUCGAGAAAUCCGCUUCUGACUCGCUCACAGUCGCGGUCAAAGUGCGGGCGCUCACGCUGGACUCGGACCGGAACGGGGUGGGCGGUCUCCGCACGUGGCAAGAAUGGCGCACGGUCCAGCGCCUUUUGGCUCUGGAACGGGACGAAGAGCUUUCGAGGACUUCAGGUAGAAGUGCUUCAUUCCCCAGAGCUGUACGCAGUGUACUGGACGGUCGACGCCAUAUCAUUCGCUACUAUGCAACGAGGGUGGAAAGCGAGUCCUUCCGCCUCAUCAUGGAGUACUGUCCUGGCGGAGACUUGCUGUCUCAGUUGAUGAGCAGAGGGGCGUUGGGUCCCACGCCAUCGAAGAGGGUCCCGCAGCAAGAAGCACGGCUGUGGGUCCUGCAGCUCGCAAGAGGACUGCAAUACCUCCAUGCGAGUGGCAUUGCGCACCGCGACCUCAGUCCCGAGAACAUCCUCCUUAGCAAAACAGGAGACGUCAAGAUUUGCAACUUUGGAGCGAGCACGACUCGAGCUGCAGAGCUCUGUCGGGAUCGCGUGGCUGGCAAUCUGCACUACACUGCGCCUGAGGCUGUAAGUGGGACUAGGUACGAUGCCGUGCGUGCAGACGUGUGGUCACUAGGUGCCGUGUUUUUCGUCCUCUUGACGGGAUCGCCCUUACUACGACUCCCGUUUCCCGAAUGUCGGGGCUUUGAACUCGUGAAAACUGUUGGGUGUCGAGGAGUUCUCAAGCUGUGGGGGAUGGACCGCCUCUUUUCAGCAGCGACGUUAGACCUCCUGACGAAAAUGCUCAUGGUGGAUCCAGCCAAGCGACUGGCGAGUAUGAAGGAGGUAUUGGAACAUCCGGCGAUGCUCGCGACUGCAUCUCACUCGGAGCAAAGUCUCAGUGCAGUCGGCAAGUAG